AUGGCACUCAGAAGAUUGAUGCUAUUGAAGAUUCCUCUUUGUUGGACACGCAUCUCUUCUCUUUUAACAAACUAUGUUGAGUUGGUGAUUUCUAGCGGGAAGAUGCGAGAGUCUGGAUCACAACAGAAGGUUCUUAUAGAGAAAACACACCUGGGGAAGUUGGUUGAUAUUAGAGAGAGGAUCGUGAAGGGAUUUCACCAAUCACCAGUGCAACCUUCUCAUAACAUCACUCUCUUUGAUCAAGAGUUUGAUGUCCCAACCUCGCCAUCUUCGGUGGCUAUGCAAGCCAGUGAUGCAUAA